UUUAAUUAAGUCAAUUCCAUAGUUCUGAGACUUUAUCCUUUCAAAAAGGCAUAAACUUUGUGCAAGUCCUUGCUGUUACCAUUUGAAAAGCUUUAGCUAAUGUUUCUACCCUGCGAACUGUUAACCGGGGCAAGUAAACUAAACAAACAACCCCCAGAAAACCCAAUGCCAUCAGCUGUUCGUUUGAGCUGCAGGCGGCUGAGCUUUCCCGGUGGGGCUGGUGGGUGGUUGAGUGGGUUGGAAAUAUGUAUUUGCGCAGAGUCGAGGAAAACGGAAUUGUCACAAAAACAAAAUUUGAUAAAAAGAGGAAUAGACCGAAAGUUACUAAAGCGGAAGAACGAAGAAAAUUUCAUUUAAAAAUGUGUGAGCAGCAUCCGGAGGAGCUCUAGCUCAAGGACGUUCGUUUCGCUGGCAGUCAUGUAGAUGCAGGAGGUGUCUACACCCAUGCAGGAGCACCCAUACACACACACACAAACAUAGAGAGAGAUAGAGAUAGAAUAAAUAGUGAACCGCGUAGUGUAGCAACCGCACAACCUGUAGCCAGCAAGUCCGAGAAUGAAGGUGCUGCGACUGCGAAUGGCGAAGCUGAUGCUGCUGGGCGUCCUGCUGGUCAAUCUGAUAUUCCUGUACUACACCUGGAACACGCUGCUGUGGCGCCGCAUCAGCCGUGUGCUGUCUGGUGGCGAAGAGUUGGAGCCGAAGGCACCCAAGCUGACGCCCAAGGAGAAGGUGCGCAACGCCAACAAGCACAUAAGGAAGAGCAUCACCAUCGUGUUCUACGGACACUACAACUUUGAGCAGGAUCUGCGGGCGAGCAUCGACAGCAUACUGGAUGUGAUACCCAAUAUGCCCAUUCUGGUGCUCCAGGAGGGCGGCACCGAGUACGCCUAUCCGCCGCUGAACUACGAACGAAAUCUCACCGCUGGCGAGGAUCAGACUGUGACCUUCCUGAGUCUGGCCUUUGAUGUGCGACGCACGCGACAGGAUCUCGAUCCGCUGGCCGCCAUUCACACCAAGUACGCCCUCCUCAUGCCCGACAGCGUGCGGCUGAACAGCAAGAAUCUGCUCCAGAAGAUCCUCCGCGAGAUAAACACCAUCGGCGUGGCUGGGGCACAGGCGCAGGCACAGCCCAAGGAGCAGCGUGUGGCUGUUCCCCCGGAGGAGAUGGUGCGCCGCAUGGUGCUGGUGCCGUUUGCGGGCAAUCUUAAGUCCUACAGCAGCUGCGCUCGCAUGAGAAUGGAUCUGCCCAACUGGACGCUCGAGAUUGUGGCCACAAAUGAUAGUCGCCGCUGCGAUUUGUUUCUGCAAAAGCACGCGAUCCUGUUGGAUGUGGCAGCGCUGGCGGCUAUGCCUGAGCCUUUCUCCCUGCCCUUUCCAGAGAUGCUGUACAUGCAGGCAAAGAUUGCCAAUUUGUCGACCACCGUCUUUCCACAUGCCUUCCAGGAGGGCAGGCGCCUCUUUGCCUCGUUCCACACCAAGCAGCGACGCAUGGAUCUGCGCCGUCGCCAGUUCAAGGAGAUGUACAAGCGGCUGCAGAUCAAGCGAAUCGUGCGAAGGGCUUACACGUUGCUCGGCAAGCCGCCGUCCAGGGAGAACAGCUGGCAGCUGCACCAAGGCGUGCUGGAUGCGCAGUUUUCCAGCUCGAAUGUGUCGCUGCCGCUGGUCACGGACAUAGAUCUGUUUGGCUGCGAGCGCACCACAAAGUCCUGCAUCGGCACCGUGUACAACAAUCGGCCGUUCUACUCGUAUCUGGACAAGCACACGCCGCCCUGCUGCCUGGACAAGCUGCGUACGACCUUCAACCAUGUGCUGGAGGAGUUCGAGAACGUGGGCAUACGCUACUGGCUGGACAACAAUGCGCUGAAGAGCGCCGUGGAGACGAACGCCAUCUCUCCGGAUGCCUACGACAUUGACAUCAGCUUCAAUGUCCAGGACCUGGAGCGCUCCAACGCCAUGAAGAAGUCGCAGAGCAAGCCGUAUGUGGAUAACGAAGGCUUCUACUGGAUCAAGGCCACCGAUGGACACUACUUCCGCGUGCAGUUCUCGAAGCCCAACCAGGUGGGCGUCAAUCUGCUGCCCUACGAGAUCAAAGGCGCCGAGGUGCGGGCCAGCGGCUUCUUUGGCUGGAAGGCAAGCACCUUUGCGGCUGACUUUCUGCAUCCCAUGUCCACGGUGCUGUUUCUAGGCAAGAGCGUCAUGUGCCCCAACAAUGUGCUCGAGUAUCUCGAGGCCAAGCACAUCAAAGUGCAGUCCCAAGAUCUGGCCAUGGAUGAUUAGAGAAUAACUCCCUGCACUCUAGUCUAGUUACAAUUUAGUUGAGGCUUUAGCAUAGAUCAUGGCUGAAGGCCGAAAACUUUCACAUGGAUUUGAUUAACGAUUUAUGUUCAAGUUUUUAUAUCUCUAUUGUACAAUUUUUGUGAUGUUUUUGUAUUGUUUCAGAUGUUCCUUUGAGUUGGUUGUUAGCUAAUUUGCGUAUACUUGGUGGAUCUUUGCAUAGAACGUAAAACUAACUUAAGUCGUUCGUACUACGAAUAUUUUUAAAACCAAAAAACAAACUCUAUACUUGAACUAUUUUAAAGUGAAAAUAUACAAUCAGAAUCGA